AUGGCAUCCAUUCGACCCCGCCCUAACUCUCUCCGCGCCCUCCAGGCUGCGUCGACAGCAGCGCGACCAACAUACCGACACUUCACUUCUCGUUUCCCCUCAUCCUCUCCUCUCUCCAGAAAAGCGCCCAUCACUCGCAACCACUCUACAUCCUCCGUCUCUCCCGAUGAACUCUCCCACUUCUCAGCCCUCGCCAGCUCCUGGUGGGAUCCAAUGGGUCCAUCCCGUAUCCUCCACCUGAUGAAUCCCCUCCGACACGAGUUCAUCGCAUCCUGCCUAGCCGACAGCCCUCCUCCAACGACCACCGACACCGCCAGCGCAAGCUCCUCAACCGCCGCAAACCUACACUACAUGGACAUUGGCUGCGGCGGCGGAAUCUUCGCCGAAUCCCUCGCACGCACAAUCCCACUCGACCCAUCCGCUCCGGCGCCAACCGCAACCCGCGCAGCCUCAAUGACAGCCAUCGACCCGUCCACAAUGCUCAUCCAAGUUGCCCGUGACCACGCACGCAUGGACCCCACGGUCGACGCACACCUCCGCAGCGGAAAAUUCAAAUACCUAAACACCACCCUGGAAGACGUCCUCGCAUCCGGAUCCCCAUCCGGAUCUCCAUCCGGAUCCUCUCCAUCCGGGUCCACGACUGGCGAAAUCACGCACCCCCAGUUCGACAUGGUCACUCUCUUCGAGGUCAUCGAACAUAUCGACCCUACAACGACGACCCCGCAAGCCUUCCUCUCCAACUGCCUGCGCGCCCUCAAACCCGGCGGCUGGCUCAUCGGUUCUACCAUCUCCCGCACGUUCCCUUCCUUCCUGCUUAACCAGGUCAUUGCCGAAGCGCCGUGGCCGAUUGGCGUCGUCCCGCGCGGUACGCACGAGUGGAGCAAGUUUGUGAAUCCGCCGGAGCUCCAUGCGUGGGCGCAGGAGGGUCUGAUGCGGGCUGCGGAUACGGCGACCAGUCGUGGCGGACCGAGUGCGCUGGAGGGGAUGGAUUGGAAGUGUAUGGGGACGAUUUAUGUUCCUGGAUUGGGAUGGAAGCUGGUGCCGGGAUCGGAGAGUUGGGGGAAUUACUUUUGGGCAGUUAAGAAGGGUGUUUGA